AUGUCCGGCACCAAUUCCGCCGACGAUGUGCGCCGCUACCAAGAACCCUACAGCGGCCACAGACCCGUUCCGACCAUCUCCAGAUAUCGCGAGGAGCUGGCAUUGCGGCAGCAGGAAGCCAUGGAGCAUCAUGAGACGCCAGCGCCAGCUGCCGACGAAGGCCUCGCCGAGCUGCGUCCCAGCCGGUCGGCGCUGCCUACAGGCCCACGACCUUCUUCAGGCUUGAGCAUACGAAGCGCGCUCAGCGACAGGGCCAGCCGCAAGAGCAGAUCCCGCAGCCGCGACAAAGACGAACACCCACAGGAGCUCCCCAUGAUCGACACGUCCCAGACAGACCCAGCCCUGACCGAUCCACGCCAACGUCGCAAAGAGCUAGGGACCAAGGGCAAGGAAAAACGAAGGCAGCGAGCCGAACGCGAAGUCACGGACCCUGUUACGCAUCAGACCAUUAUAAUUCAAGAUUUUGACGACGACGCUCUCGAAAACGUGACAUUUAACGAUGCUGCCACGCUUGCCCCGAGAAAAUCCAUGUCCUCUUCACGCGACGAGCCGAACAGCCCCAAGAAACCCACCGACGUGGCUGCCCUGCAUCAGGAGUUUCCCGUUCCCGACUUUGGAGGCUUGCGAGAUGAGAUUGAGCACAUCAGCCGUCAAGGCGCCACGGUCGGCGUUUUUGGCGCCGCCAUUAUUCUGGUCGCCUCAUACGAGAUAUACAAGCUGCUUCCUGCCUCGACGAAACAGGGCAGCAUUCCUUGGCUUCUGUUUUAUGGCGGCUUCUUUUUAAUGGCAUAUCUUGCCAUUUUCGUUCGAGACUAUAGCUCCAGACAAACCCGACAGCUUUUCGAGGACGAGAUCUGGCAUGCGCAUCGCGAAAAGAUGAAGACCGACGCGGACAAGAGCACGCACGAGCGAACCGUUUGGCUAAACUCUGUGCUGCGUACAUUAUGGCCCAUUAUUAAUCCAGAUCUCUUUGCGAGCUUCACCGAUAUUCUCGAAGAUGUCAUGCAGGCCUCUAUUCCCAAAAUCGUCCGCAUGGUCAGCAUCGAAGAUAUUGGCCAGGGCAGCGAGCCUCUGCGUAUUCUCGGCAUCCGAUGGCUGCCGAGUGGUGCCACCUCGGAGACGCUCCGCCCCAAAGACGGCUCCGUCAAGGAUGAAAGUAUCAAAGCCAAAGAGAAGGAUGCUGCAGCCAGUAAUCCUUUCGGCCCUCACGUCAUGGAUGACGAAGAAGGGUCUUUUGUCAACUUGGAGAUUUCAUUCGCUUACCGAACUCGGGCAAGCUCGAGAAUGGCAAAGCAUAGUAAUAACGACCUUCAUCUUUUCGUGGCAUUCUAUCUGCCAGGAAAUAUCAAGAUUCCUGUCUGGGUCAACCUACACGGCAUUAUCGGCACCAUCAGAGCCCGACUCCAGCUUAUUGCCGACCCGCCGUUUAUCUCUCUUUGUACCGUGACGCUUAUGGGCCAGCCAAAGGUGGCCAUGAGCUGUGUACCUUUGGUUCAGCGGGGACUGAACAUCAUGGAUGUCCCGCUGAUUAGCAAUUUUGUGCAGGCGGCAGUCGACGCUGCCGUGGCACAGUAUGUUGCACCCAAGAGCUUAACUAUUGAUCUGCAAAAGAUUCUGGUUGGCGAAGACUUCAAGAAGAACACCUUGGCCAAAGGCAUUUUGAUGGUGACCAUCAAGCGAGGCUACGAUUUCAAGAUGGGCGACGCAGCCAUUCCCUUUUUCAGAGAAGGUGGCUCGGAUCCUUACGUCUCUGUCGGCUGGGCAAAGUUUGGCAAGGUGGUGUGGAGCAGCCGCAUCAUGUACAAAGAAAUGUCUCCUUGUUGGGACGAGACGUGCUUUGUUCUGGUGACACCAGAAGAGUUGAACAUUGACGAGCGUCUUCGCGUCCAGCUGUGGGACUCGGACCGAUUUACUGCGGACGAUGACCUAGGCCGCAUUGAAGUCAGCUUGAAAGAGAUUAUGGAGAACCCAGAGUCCAACGGCAAGAUGUCUGAUCGUGCCGACGGAUUCAGAGCGCUCAAGUCUGGCGACAAUAUGCCAGGCAAAUUAGAAUGGAGUGUCGGGUACUUUCCCAAGACUAAGAUUCUCGACAGCCAGUUUCAGCUACAAACGCGAGAUCCACGCGUCCGAAAUAUGGAACAGCUCAAUAAAAAGGUUCAGCGCACAUGUGAGCGCAAGCUACGCGAAGCUAUGCUCAAAGACACUACGCUGGAGCGCCAUGAGGAAGAUUUGGAGAAGAAGCGCGUGCUCGAAUUCAAGACGGAACACGAUGAAAUGAUCAUUUCUGCACCGCCUCCGGAAGAAUAUCCCAGUGGUCUUCUGAGCAUUCAGAUCCAUAACCUGACUGGUCUCGAAGUUAAGAAGCUUAGCAAAGAGCCCAAGGCCAAGUUUGGCAGUGCCAGCGACGACGAGGAGGAGACUGGCGAGGGCUUGCCUUCUUCUUACUGCACCAUUCUCAUUAAUCAUCGCAAGACUUUCAAGUCUCGUGUCAAGCCUCAAAACAGCAAACCGUUCUUCAAUGCAGGCUGCGAACGCUUUAUUAGAGAUUGGCGCGACUGCGAGGUCUAUGUGUCUGUUCGCGACGCUCGUCUUCAUGAAGAUGACCCCCUUCUGGGAAUCGUGCACCUUCCUCUAGCGCAGGUCUUUAAACAACGCUCCCAGGUUAUGGGAUGGUGGCCCAUCUCUGGCGGCAUCGGCAAUGGUCGCAUCCGCAUUUCUUUGGUGUGGCGCAGUGUGUCGCUCCAAGCACCUCGGAACCUGCUCGGCUGGCAGUAUGGCACGCUGGAUAUUCGCCACAAGGCUAUUGGCACGGGUGUGCCAGAGGAGUUGCGUAGUUGCAAACUUCGCCUACAGACUAACAUCAGCACUGGAAAGAUGUAUUCCUCUGCCACAGAAGACGGGCACGCUGUCUGGGCAACAAAAUCGAGCAAGCACGUAGCUCUGGCUCUGCAUCAGCGAUAUAGCAGCUGUUUCUCUAUUACGUUUGUAGAUGGCCGACGUCUGCUGGGUGACCGCAUUGCGGCGUUUUGCGUGCUGUGGCUCAAGGACAUACCAGAUGAGGAGGAGCAGGAGAUUGACCUGCCAAUCUGGAAAGGCGACUACAAGCGCGCCAUUUCCAACUGCAUGGAGACGUGCGGCGAUAAGCUAGGGACGCUCAAGCUCCGUUUGACGCUGUGGGCUGGCAUGGGCAGCGCGCACACGAGCUGGGCCAGCGGCAGCGAGCAUCUGCGGCAAGUGGUGGAGGUGAUUGACACGGCGCGCGACAUUCUUCAGACGGAUGACCUCGAAAAGGAAACGGGCAUCGUGGACGCGGACAACAACGGCGACCAGGACGGGGACUCUUCCGACGACGAGGGCGCGGACAAUGACGCAGAGACCGAGGACGCCAAGAGCCAGCACCAUGGCCGGCGUGGGCGUAAAGGAAGUUCGCCGGGCAGGGACGCGGUGCUGCCUGACGGCAGCAUUUCGGAUAAGCAGAGUAUGCUGGAUCAGGUGCGCGACUACAAGAAAAAGGCCAAGACGCUGCACCGUCAGCAUCGGGGCAUCAUGCAGUGGAAGAUUCCGCGCACGGCGAAAUGGGUCAAGAACAAGCUGGGCAGGGUGGAGGACGGGGUAUCGGGCUUGUUUGAGCACGAGGUGAAGCAAAAGGCGGAUAUCGAGACGGAAGUUUAA